AUGAUGGUUUUAUUUGCUGCGAUCACUUGUCGUCGGAGAAAAGGUGCAGCACGCGAUAUAAAACCUUCGAUACGAACCUUCUUAGCGGACAGAAAGGCAAAAUCGGUUGGAAUGGAUUCUGGUUCCAUGGUCGAAGACCCUAAACAAGAACAAAAUGUGAAAGAUAAGGUGCAGAAUGAGGAAAAACCUGUUGAAGAAAAGAAAACACAAGCGUCAGAACAGCAGUUACUCGACGUUGCUCAAGAAAUGUAUCAAAUGCAGCAAAAGAGAUUGGCUGAGACGCAGGGGAUAGAACAAGAUGGAGGUGACUACGAAAAUUUCGGACCAUCUAAAAAACCCGACACUCCAGAACGUUCAGCCCAUUUGAUUGUCACUGCGCGUCCGACAUUAGCUUCAAAUUCCACCAAGGAAAAAAAUUCAGCCAAAAAUUCGACGAAGAAAGAUACAUCAGCUCGCUUGCCAACGGACGCCACUCAGGACAUGAGUAUAGUGGAAAAGUCAAAAAUGUACAAGAUCAGAAGAGGUGAAGUUGCUAUAUGA